CCACGCAGAGCCCCCCCGCCAGCCAGGAGAGGGGUGCGCGGACCCCCCAGAGCUGCCUCCGCCCCCUCCCAUUCCCGGCUCCGAGAGCGCAGCCUGAACGCCUUAGCCUGCUCACCCAGCGUGGCCCCCCAACCCGCGUACGCCCCCCUCCCUGGGUCCGAGGGCGACUUGUGAAGCACCUCGGCGCGGAGGCAGGGAACCCGAGCCUUGGAUCGACCCAACCCUUCGUCUCGCUGCCCACCCGCGCCUGGAACGGGGCGCGGAGAUCCCUGCGAACUCAAAGACCGAACAGCGAAGAACAGAAGCGGCAGGCGGCGGACGUGGCCACGAAGCGGCGCGCCGGGGUGCAGCGCACCCGCCGCGGAACAGUGGAGCCGCGCCUUCCCCCAACCCUCGCGUCAACCCCGGGAGCCCGCCGCCUCCUCAGCCCUGCUGAGCUCUCGGCUAGGGGGCCGGCACCGGUGAUGCCGAGCGGAGCCUCCAGUCCUCCGACUCACUGAAGAAGCAGUAGCCGCUUGCUCAGGGCUGACGGAGACUGUGCGAGCGGAUCGUGCUUGGCUGUGGCUCGGGCUGCGGAGCGCGGGGACUCCGGGGGGAGGGGGGAGGGACCGAUCUGUCCGUGCCCCAGCGCCAGCCACGGCUUUGAAGGGUCUCCCUACCCGGCCCCUUAGCAGCUCCGCCACUGACUCCGGGAGGCUUCGGGCAGCGUCCAGGGGCUCCCCACCCGACCCGAUCGGACUUAAGAAGGUGAUCGCUCUCCUCUCCCUCCCUCCUUCCCGCCUCCUUCCCCCCACAUAACUUUUUGUCUCCACUUGUCCUCAGCUCCAUCCCUGCCCGCAAACCCACCCGCGGCUGUGCCAACCACCCGGAGCAUGGGCCCCCCAACACGAAUCUUGGAGGCCCCACGACGCCGCAAGAUAUGAGAGGCUCGUGUCGGGCAGAGCGAGAGCUUCGGGAGAGGAGCUGAUAGCCCCUAGCCUUCACAAGCCAGGCGAGGUGGCGUUGCGCGCUGCGCCCCCGCGGUGCUGAACCUCCCGGAGCGCCCAACUCAGGGCCGGAACGAGUAGCUGGCCGGAGGCGCGCCGCGGAGAGCAGGCUGUCAUGCCCUAUUGAUCCCCCCGCCCCCCGCCAAGUAUGUUUGGGCUGGACCAAUUCGAGCCCCAGAUCAACAGCAGGAACGCUGGCCAGGGCGAGAGGAACUUUAACGAGGCCGGACUAAGCAUGAACGCCCACUUUAAGGCCCCGGCUUUCCACGCGGGGGGACCCCCUGGCCCCGUGGACCCUGCCAUGAGCGGGCUGGGCGAACCGCCGAUCUUGGGCAUGAACAUGGAGCCUUACGGCUUUCACGCGCGCGGCCACUCGGAGUUGCACGCGGGGGGGCUGCAGGCGCAGCCGGUGCAUGGAUUCUUUGGAGGCCAACAGCCUCACCACGGCCACCCGGGAGGUCACCACCCCCACCAGCAUCACCCCCACUUCGGGGGCAACUUUGGCGGGCCGGAUCCUGGGGCCUCGUGCCUGCAUGGAGGUCGUCUGCUCGGCUACGGCGGCUCGGCCAGCGGCCUGGGCAGCCAGCCGCCCUUCGCCGAGGGUUAUGAUCACAUGGCGGAGAGCCAGGGGCCGGAGAGCUUCGGCCCGCAGCGACCUGGGAACCUCCCGGACUUCCACAGUUCGAGCGCCUCCGGCCACGCCGUGCCUGCCCCAUGCUUGCCGCUGGACCAGAGCCCUAACCGAGCCGCCUCCUUCCAUGGCCUGCCUGCCUCCGGCGGGUCCGAUUCCCACAGUCUGGAGCCCCGGAGGGUGGCGAACCAAGGAGCCGUCGACUCGCUGGAAUACAAUUACCCGGCCGAGGCGCCCUCGGGACAUUUCGACAUGUUUUCCCCCUCCGAUUCCGAGGGGCAGCUGCCUCAUUAUGCAGCGGGUCGUCAAGUUCCCGGGGGCACUUUCCCGGGUGCCUCGGCCAUGCCCAGAGCUGCAGGCAUGGUGGGCUUAUCCAAAAUGCACGCCCAGCAGCAGCAGCAGCAGCAGCAGCAGCAACAGCAACAGCAUCAGCAACAGCAGCAGCAGCAACAGCAACAGCAGCAGCAGCAACAGCAACAGCAGCAGCAGCAGCAGCAGCACAGCGUGUUCUUCGAGAGGUUCGGAGGGACCCGCAAGAUGCCAGUGGGUCUGGAGCCUGGAGUAGGUUCCAGGCACCCGUUAAUGCAGCCUCCCCAGCAGGCCCCACCGCCCCCUCAGCAGCAGCCCCCACAGCAGCCACAGCAGCCGCCGCCGCCGCAGCAGCAGCCGCCGCCGCCGCCUGGGCUUCUGGCAUACCCGCCGCAGCCUGAUUUUCAGCCUAGCCAGCGCACCUCGGCCAGUAAGCUGGGCGCGCUCUCACUGGGCUCCUUCAACAAGCCUAGCUCCAAGGACAACCUGUUCGGCCAGAGUUGCCUGGCUGCACUUUCCACCGCCUGCCAGAACAUGAUCGCCAGCCUCGGGGCCCCCAACCUCAACGUGACCUUCAACAAGAAGAACCCGCCCGAGGGCAAGAGGAAACUGAGCCAGAACGAGAACGACGGUGCGGCGGUGGCCAGCAACCCAGGAUCGGAUUACUUCCCGGGAGGGACUGUUCCUGGGGCCCCAGGGCCCGGAGGCCCGUCGGGGACCAGUAGCAGCGGUUCCAAACCCUCCGGGCCGCCUAAUCCUCCCGCCCAGGGGGACGGCACCAGCCUCUCCCCCAAUUACACCCUGGAAUCAACGUCGGGGAACGAUGGCAAGCCGGUCCCCGGGGGAGGCGGCCGGGGCCGGGGUCGCAGAAAAAGGGACAGUGGUCACGUGAGCCCCGGGACCUUCUUCGACAAGUACUCGGCGGCGCCGGACAGCGGGGGCGCGCCUGGGGUGAGCCCAGGGCAACAGCAGGCUCCAGGAGCAGCCGUCGUCGGGGGAAGCUCCACGGGCGAGGCACGCGGGGCGCCUACGCCUCACGAGAAAGCGCUCACCUCGCCGUCGUGGGGGAAGGGGGCCGAGUUGCUCCUGGGGGACCAGUCGGACCUUAUGGGGUCCCUGGACGGUGGGGCCAAGUCGGACGGUAGUUCCCCGCACGUGGGCGAAUUCGCCUCGGACGAGGUGAGCACCAGCUACGCCAACGAGGACGAGGUGUCAUCCAGCUCCGAUAAUCCCCCAGCCCUGGCCAAAGCGAGUAGGAGCCCCCUGGUGACAGGCUCGCCCAAACUCCCUCCCCGUGGGGUGGGCGCGGGGGAACAUGGACCGAAGGCACCCCCACCCCCGCUUGGCCUGGGCAUCUUGUCUACCUCUACCUCGACCCCUGACAGCUACGGCAGCGGGGGCACGCCGGGCCUGGAGCAGGUCCGGACCCCGACGAGCAGCAGCGGUGCACCGCCACCCGACGAGAUCCACCCACUGGAGAUCCUCCAGGCACAGAUCCAGCUGCAGAGGCAGCAGUUCAGCAUCUCUGAGGACCAGCCUCUAGGGCUCAAGGGUGGCAAGAAGGGUGAGUGUGCCGUCGGGGCCUCCGGCGGCGUGCAGAAUGGCGACAGUGAGCUGGGCAGCUGCUGCUCCGAGGCGGUCAAGAGCGCCAUGAGCACCAUCGAUCUGGACUCGCUGAUGGCAGAGCACAGCGCCACCUGGUACAUGCCGGCUGACAAGGCUUUGGUGGACGGCCCAGAGGACGACAAGACGCUGGCGCCCUGGGAGAAGGCCAAACCCCAGAACCCCAACAGCAAAGAAGCCCUCGACCUUCCCGCGAACAAGGCCUCGGCAACCCAGCCCGGCAGCCACUUGCAGUGCCUGUCUGUCCACUGCACAGACGAUGUGGGCGAUGCCAAGGCCCGAGCCUCCGUGCCCACCUGGCGGUCUCUGCACUCCGACAUUUCCAACAGAUUCGGGACAUUCGUGGCUGCCCUAACUUGAAUUGACAAGAAAUACCCUCUCCCCCACCAGGCCCUUCCCUCCCCCAUCUCUCUCUGCUCCCCCCUUCACCUGUCCCCAACCCCCACCCCACCCUGUUAAUUUGAAAGGGCCACUAUUGCUGAGUGGAUGAUUUUUUUUUUUUAGGUUGGUACCUGCUUAGUGGCAUAUGGACCGGAAAGGGUUAAUUUAAAGGGAAAAAAAAAAACCUCAAAAAAUUUUUUUAAAAAAGAAACUCAUCUGCCACGGUAUGUUACCAGUGUUAACCCUUCUGCAGUUAGCAAACUUUUGCUGAAGCCUUUUUCUUGCUAGAUAAUUCCCACUUUUCUGUAAUCUUGGCAUACGGUUUUUAGAUGACCUCUUUCCUUGUUUUAUUUUCGUGCUGCUGUAUGUCCAAGUAUUGUUAUUUCAUAAUAAGACAAGAGUUGCUUUCCUUUUUUAUUCUCUUUUAGUCUUGUUCCUUCCCAUCUCCCCCUCCCCCUGCCUGUUUUUUUUUUUUUUCUUUUCCUUUUUUGCUUUGUUCACUGCUUAUUAAAAUGGAAAUCCUGGAGAAUAGUAGUUCUGGAAUAUUGGCGGGUGAGAGUCAAAUUGUCAUCACAAUAUUAUCUAUUGACACCCAACUGUCAUCAGUCAGGCAGGAGCCAAACAAUUAAUGCCCCCCUUAGGUAUUCCGCCUGGGAUUUUGUUUUGUCUGUUCCCUAAGAAAAUAGAGAUAUAUAUUUUCGUUCCUACCAACACACGCUCAGCCUUCAGCUCCAUUCUCUCUUCUGCGGGAAGCUGCCUUUCACUGCGAUGGAGGUGAUGACGUGUCCAGCCCGCUCCGCGGGAAGGAGCCGGAAUGUUCGACAGUGGUGUUUUCUCUCCUUUUCUGGGCCUCUGCACAAAUGCCCAGACGCUGAAUUUUCACGCUGUGCCGAGCAGCCCUGGGCCGCGUCGGGAUGGUGCCUGUCCAGCUUGCAGAGUCUCCGGGGGCUCCAGGCUGUCAUCCCUGCUACAGCCGGGCCACCUGGGUCUUGGGUGCUGGAGUUGAAGGAUCAGUUCUCAGCCCUGACCUUUCCUGAUUUCUGUUCCCAGACAAGCAUCAGGGGAAGGAGCGGAGAUGGGUUAUCUCCCUGACUUCUCCCUUUCCGUCUCCCCUCCAGCCUGCACAGCCCCCAGUCCCUGGGAAGGACCAGGCUUUUGCCAGCACUUUUCGAGGUGCUUGUUGAGUGAAGGAGCCCCCAGGCUCAGCCUGCCAAGCCCCCCUGCCCACCUUCUCCAUGCCUGGGUGUAAUCUUUGCAGGGGUUUGCAGACUUCUAAGGGCCUGAGGAGGGAGAAAGGGACUGUAAUGAGUGACCUUGAUUCUUGGGUCUUUUUUGAACCCCAGAAUUCGACCCCCACCUUCCUUUUGAUUUAAUCUCACCCUGUUGCAAAACCAGAACCACGUCCCAUGCGUCUCGUGAGGGAAUAACUUCUUUGAGCAGCGGUGAGGGAGGGCUGGGUGAAGAGGGCAGCAGAACAGGGCUCCUGGACCCAGCUGAGGCCUGUCACCUGGUCGCCUCAGGGUGGUGGUCAGCAGUCACGGGUGGGGGGGCGCCCAGCGUUGUCAGGGGGCGGGGGCAUCUUUGGGUGCUACGGAUGACUCCAGAGGGCUUGUAUGCCUCAUGGUGAGUGCUGGGGGCAUGCAGAUUCCAGGGUGGGUCAGACAAGAAGUGACUGCUAUCACUCCACCCCAAUGGGUAACUCUUCUAUUUUAUUUCAGUUUCUGUUAACGAGCAUCUUACUAAAUGCUCCAUUUUGAGCCUUCUGCCCCCUCCAUCCUCCCCUGCUGACCCCGCCCCAUGUCCCCAGAGUUUGCAGACCUGGCUUUUUUUUUAACAAGUGACCUGAAGGCUUUGGGGUCCCCAUACAACACCCACAUUGUUUAUUUCAAAGAACUUUUCAUCAAAGGGAGAAGAGCAUCCAGAAAAAUCUUGCUCUUUCUAGUCCCUCCUCCUGUCUUUCCUGCAGCCAGCCCUCUUGGCUCGGGCCUGAGUCUGCACGGUCCAAGGUUCCUGCAUGGGCAGCCUGAGGAGGCGGUGUGAACCGAUCUGCGAGAAGGUGGGAGUUGACUCGGUUCCUGGGUUCUGCCACCAAAGGAGAGAAAAGGGGAAGGAACGUGCCCCCUGUUACGGGCUGCAGGCGCGUCAGUCACGGUCUGAGCAAAACUCCUCACCCCUCUGAUUCCACAAUGUACAGCUGUUUGAGAGCUUCGUCCUUUCAUUCCUUAAACAGGAAUGAUUUCUCCUUAAUUGCUUAAGGCCGGGGAGCAAAGUGUCUUGACUUGUCUUUGACUUUUCUUGUGUUGAGUCCAUCAGCACACGACCAUCAGCUCGUGGUCCUGGCAGCCUCAGAAAUCCCUGAAGUUUUAAACGUUCUCGCUCCCCACGACCCCAGAAAGGAACAGCUUUAAAAAUAGCCUUAAGCAAAAGGAUGUUAUUUCAUUAAAUUUGGUUUAAUGGAAAGAAUAAAAGCAAAUUAAAAACACACCCAAUCCACGAGACUCCAAACACUGGUAAUCGGUACUGCAUAGCAAACUCUUUGGGAAAGAAUAUGAAAACGUUAUUGCACAUGUAAAAUAUGAGAACUUAACUCUGCUGUGUGUUAGGCAAUCCUGUAAUCUUUUUUGACUCUUAAAAGAAAUUCAUUUCUGAAAUGCUUGGUUGGAAGACUGUGACAAUAGCUCAUGAAAUUGAGUGUUAUUUUUUUCUUUCUUUUUUAAAAAAAAUAUGUAAAGUGCAGUCUUCUGUAUUCAUGCAUAUUGUAUAUACCUGUAUAUGUUUUCCUGAGCAGCUAAAUAACAAUAAAUAUGACGUUAAUGGUGA